AUGCCAUCCCGUCCUCACUGGCAACAACACGCCAUCAAGAGUCGCUGCUCUGUUGCUCUCUCUCGCUGCCUCUGUCUGAACGUUACAAGCGUCAUCCAUCCAGGCCAGUGUGCCCUCACAUCAUCAUCAUCAUCAUCAUCAUCAUCAUGCACACGAGCAAGACGAGGCAGCCAAGCUACCACCACAGCACCAUCAACACCACCCUCCACGUACGCUACGCCCAUCCCGGCAUGCGCCUGGCUAAUCAAUACAAACUGCCUGAACCCUUGCCCCCCUGGUCAAGAUAUGCUUUUGCAUCCACACCUCAUCGCCCCCCUCUUUACGGGCAAUAGUUCGCUGUUCACCACCGACUGCCUCUUUUUUCCCGCCGGUGCCUGCCAACUAAUCCGUCAAUAUUGCCGGUGCUCGCCGUCCCUCGAGCCCGUCGACUUGUCUUAA